GCUGCGUUGCACCACCAGACCUAGCAGCCACGGCUCCCCGCUGCUGCCACGAACUCGGGCAGGGGGCGAUCUCGCUCCCCCAGCUGCGCUCUCCCCGCCAGCGCGCGCGCAUCCCUUCAGCGACCACGAUGUGCUCCGCCGCUCCUCCGCGUUGCACGUCCCUAACGACCGAGGUCACGCCGAGUGCCCUCGCCACCCCUUGAGGCGGGCAGAUCGACGCCCUGCGCGCUCCCGCACCCACGGCGGCCGUCCGCGGCGAGCUACCAGCGCGCCAUUCGCGCCGCCGGAUCGUGUCGCUAAUCGCGCUCGUCCCGCUCACUUGAGCGCAUGGUUGGCCCCGGGGUCGCCUCGGCGCGGCGGGCGGCGCAGCGAGCAGCGCAGUGGUGCAGCGGCGACGGGCGGCGAGCGUGGCGCGAGUGGGAGGCGCGCGCGCUUCUGGACGCGGGGGGGCGGCGAGGGCCGGCCGAUCGGGUGGCCCGCGGUGUUCCAGUGGAGUCGGUCCCGGCGGGGGGUGGAGAGGCGGCAAGCGCGGAAGGCGCGAGAUGGGCGGGGCGGGAAAUUCGCUGGGCCCCAUCCCCGCCGUGGAUCGCUGGCGGGUCACUUGCCUCUGUGGCCCUGCCUGACGCGAGAGCACAGUCAGCAGCUGCGGCGCCACGGGGGUGUGGUGCUGGUGCAUGAGCGGCGACGAUGGGGCGAGGCGCGCAUGAGGGCAGUCUGGGGCUGUUCAGGAUCCCACGUGGCACUGACGCACCAUGUGGAAGGAGAACAGGUGGCGGCGUUUCAUUGGAUCGUGGCAUGGCAAGUGCGGCUGGUGCCAGACUAGCAGGGGUUGAGGGUUCUGGGGAGAGAGGGGGAGACGAGGGAGAGGGAAGAGUGGAGGGAGAAGGGGGAGUGGAGGGAGAGGAGGGGGGAGGAGGCGACAGCAGCAGCGAGGCGGUGCGGUGGCAUGUGAGCGAGGCCACCAUUGCACCAGGUCGCAGCCUCAUCUCGCUGCAUGUGCCUCACCCCCGUCCCCAUCCUCGUCUGCCCCCGCCACCGCCACAUCCGCCUCCUCCCCCGGCCCAGUGCGCGUGGCGAGGGAGGGCGUGCGCGUGCGAGUGCGGGGCAGCGCGGUGCACCUGACGAGCAUGGGGGGGCUCUUCCUGCACGAAAGGGUUAGCUGGGGCCAGGAGUGGGUAGACCAGUUGAGCGCCGACACGUGGAUGAAUGCCUUCAGCUUUGGCGCAGCGCAGCAGCAGCAGGCAGAGGGCGAGAGGCGGGGGUGGCAGGGCGGUGGCAAGCGGGGCUGCAGAGACAUGCAUGGGAACAGCGGAGUGGGCAGCGCUGCUGGCUCUGCUGCUGCAGGGGGGACAAGAGGCAGCAUGGCACUUGCAGAGGACACGAGUGGUGGUGACGGUGCUGCUGACGUCAUUCAAGUGCUGCUGGAUGCAAGCCAUGGCACCGCUGAGGUGACGGUGGGGGUGCCUGUCCAUGCCUCGGCCCAGCACUCACAUUCGCAGGCCCUCUGGGUGCGAGUCAAGCUGCUGCUCACUGUGGCCGAUCACGCUUCCAACCGCCUCACCAUUCUUGUGCCAGUUGGAUGCAUGUAUCGUACGGUAAAACACUCUAGAUCCGCGCAACUCCACAAAACUCAGGUCUAAGAGCCAGGCCUUGUGGUGGUUGUGAUAAAAUCGUACUUAAGCAUUUCUGUAAGUAGUUCUGAUAGAUAUUGUCGAAUUACACUGUAGUUAGCAUCCGUAGAAUGACGUCAGCAAAUAGCGCUCGUCUGGAUGAUAACGUCAGCAAGCCUUUUCAGUCACGCGAACAGUCGCGCUCUUUUCAGUAGGGGUUAGAGUGCAUAGCGCAAAUAGCUCGAACAGGUACAUUACCGAAUAGGUACUUCUGUCAACUUAUACAUAUUAUCUAUGUAGA